AUGACUCCCCAGCUGCCUAUAAUCCCCCCGCCGCGACAGGCCCCGCUGCGCCCCAAACUCUCCAUCAACACUGAGCAACCACGUAUCCUGGGCAAAGGUGCCAGUCUGCGUCUCGAGACUCUUUCUGCUGUAUCGCCAACAGUUCGCAACACAUUUUCCAACGCCUAUGAACGCCCGGCCCCAGCACCCACCACCCCCAACUCAGCAUCUACCCUCUCAUCAACACUCACGUCCGCCUCCACCGACUCAGCCACCAGCUCAAUACCCUACAAGCAGCCUCACAACCUCACUUCCAUCCUCUCCAACAGUCCCGCCCGCGCAAUAAUACCACGCAAAAUGGGCUCCUCAACCCGCCCCAUGUUCCCCGCCGAGAAACGUGUUUCCUUCCGCACACCACUCGAGGAGGAAAUCACAACCACCAAAUACACUCUCGCACACUCCGAUCUCGAGUCGAGUAGUUCGACGCUGUCGUCACUGACUUCGAGUGUCGAGACGACGUCAAGCGAGUCGGAAGCCGAGACGGGCAAACCGAGUCUGAGCCUGAAGCCGGCGAUCAACAUCUCGAACACUAGCAUAUCGCCUCUUCAGCUCUCCAUUAGCAGUACUGCUUCUUCGGUAGAGAGCUCACCAAGAAAGUCACCGCGUGCGGGUGACAAGAGGGAUUCUUCCAGCAGCGAAGAUGACAGCGAUUCUGCACCUGAAACGCCCGUUGCUGGUCGACGGAAGCGGACGAGGGAUUGGAGAUGGACACUUGGUCCCUUGCCUUCUGACAGCAAAUCAUCCGUGUCGUCAGCGAGCGAGGGCACGAUUAGUGAGGAUAGUUCAUGA